UUUGGGUCUUCAGCUAUUAUCUAUCCCUUAAAACUGCUGAGCCAAAGGUUGAAGCUAGUCUUCCCCCCUUCCCUUAUCCAAAUUUGAUUUACUCUUCAGCUCUCUUCUACACUACCCCAAAAACGUGUUUAACUUCAAAAGUGUAGGUAGAUGGCUUGUUCAUCUUCAACAGCAUGGAGCAUGGCAACUCUAAAAUCAGCCCUGCCUUUAGUUCCUUCUGUUCCUGUGUUGAACAAGUUGCCCAUUUCGGCUACCUGUAGUAAUUCUUCUUCCAAGACGCGUAGAAUGAGACUAUCAUUGCGCAAUUCUAAGCCUCUCCUACCACAAUACAGUGGCCUCAGUGCUCUUUGCCCUCUUGUCUCACCAGUUCCUUCUGGUUUAGAAAAUUCUGGCUUCGAUAGUCUUCUAAGAAUUGUUGAUAAUGGGGGUCGAAUCUAUGCUAUGAGGCACGGAAGGCGAGUGCCUAAACUCAGCAGACCCCCAGAUCAGCGACGUGCACUUCUCCGUGCACUGACAACUCAGCUUCUUAAGCAUGGACGUAUUAAGACUACAAGAGCCAGAGCAAGUGCUGUGAGAAAGUAUGUCGACAAAAUGAUUACCUUGGCUAAGGACGGCUCACUUCACAAAAGAAGGCAAGCACUUGGAUUUAUAUACGAGAAGCAGAUCGUACAUGCCUUAUUUGCCGAGGUGCCAGAUAGGUAUGGUGAUAGAAAUGGAGGAUACACUAGAAUCAUCAGGACUCUACCAAGGCGAGGGGACAAUGCCCCCAUGGCGUACAUUGAGCUUGUUUAGGUACUCAUAUAUAGUUUGUUAUCCUCUUAGUUGCGGUUUUGAUGUUGAAGAAUGCUUUUAGUCAUAAUCAUUGUCCUUUAGGUGGGGUUGGUGUUAUGGGUUAUACUUAUUCCGUGAUUUCAGUCAAAUGAUUGGUCACUUGAUUUUUCCGUUUAUUACCUUUAAGUUUGUAGCAUGAGACAUCUUUGAUUUUAAUGUAUGUUAAAAUUUAAUACAAUUGCAUAUGUUCGGUUUUCGGGAUUUCAGCAUA